AUGCGCAUUAGAAAGCGGAAGACCAGGUGGCUGGCGCGCUUUCCAGCGCUCCUGCACAGCGCACCAGGGAGCUGCUCUUCCGGUUUCUGUCACGCGCAAGUCCUGUUUCAGUACCCGGUGCCAAAAAGCUUAGCCACCACUGUUGCUAAUGCUAGCUUUUUUUUCUGCUUUGGGGGAAAAACUUACACAGCACUUGAAGAAGCAGCAAAACGCUUCCAGGAAUUAAAAGCACAAAGAGAAAGUAAAGAAGCACUUGAGAUUGAGAGGAAUUCCAGAAAACCGCCUCCGUAUAAACACAUUAAAUCCAACAAAGUGGUAGGAAAAGUCCAGAUCCAAGUUGCGGACCUGUCCGAGAUCCCACGGUGUAACUGUAAGCCAGCGGAUGAGAACCCUUGUGGCCUGGAGUCAGAGUGCUUAAAUCGAAUGCUGCAGUACGAGUGUCACCCUCAAGUUUGCCCUGCGGGAGAACGCUGCCAAAACCAGUGCUUUACCAAGAGACUCUAUCCGGAAGCAGAAAUCAUCAAAACUGAUCGACGCGGCUGGGGUCUGCGGACCAAACGGAACAUUAAAAAGGGUGAAUUUGUCAACGAAUAUGUUGGUGAAUUAAUUGAUGAAGAAGAGUGCAGAUUGCGAAUUAAGCGUGCCCAUGAGAACAGCGUGACCAAUUUUUAUAUGUUAACUGUUACAAAG